AGGAGCGCGGUGGCGGGAGCGGCGGGGACAGAGCAGAGCCGCCCGGCCCGGCCCAGGAGAUGUCGGCCACGCUGGACCUGAAGUCGAAGGAGGAGAAGGACGCGGAGCUGGACAAGCGCAUCGAGGCGCUGCGCAAGAAGAACGAGGCGCUCAUCAAGCGCUACCAGGAGAUCGAAGAGGAUCGGAAGAAGGCCGAGCAGGAAGGCAUCGCGGUGACGGGCUCGCGCCGGCCGCGCCACUCCGAGGGGGAGCCCGAGAGGAAGCGGGCAGACAAGGACCUCUCCAUCACUGUCCAGGUCUUGCUGUCUCCUGGGGAGAAGCGUGUGGUCAGCGACAGGAAGUCCCCCGGCGCGCCCAAGGCCAGCCGUGGCCCCGGUCCCCGGGGUGUGGGGCGGGUCGGCCCGUACCCCUCCAGCCGGUCGCCGCGGGCGGAGCAGCCUGACCUGUCCGUCUGGGAAGGGGCAGGAGGCGGCGGAGGGGAUGGGCCAUCUCUGGGCGGGCGAGGGCGCAGGCCGCGGGGCCGAGGAGCGGCCGGCGCGGUCACGGCGGCAGGAGAAGGAGGCCCUGACAGGAAAUCCAAGGAGUGGGAGGAGCGAAGGCGGCAGAAUAUCGAGAAGAUGAACGAGGAGAUGGAGAAGAUUGCGGAGUAUGAGCGGAACCAGCGGGACGGGCUGCAGGAGAAGAACCCGGUGCGAAAUUUCCUGGAUGACCCACGGCGCAGCGGCUCCUUCCAGGAGGCCGACCGCAAGGAGGGGAGCCGGCGGCACGUCCGCAACUGGGGGGGGGCCGACUUUGACAAGGUCAAGACUGGCAUGGAGCGGGAGAAGGAGUGGCACGCCCCGGGCCGCCGGCCAGGCCCCAAGAGCGGGGGGCCGCUGGACAUGACGCUGUCCAUGACGGGCCGGGAGCGUGCUGAGUACAUGCGCUGGAAGAAGGAGCGGGAGCAGAUAGACCAGGAGCGGCUGGCCCGGCACCGCAAGCCCACGGGCCAGUGGUGCCGGGAGUGGGACGCCGAGAAGACGGACACCAUGUUUAAGGAGGGUUGUGGCAUAGCACCAGAACCGGACCCGGGCGCCAGGCGUGACGAGAACAAGCGCCCCCCCAGACCGCCCACCUUCGGGGAGUUCCUGUCCGAGCACCGGGCCGAGCGCAGGAGGAAGGGCCGGGGCCGACCCGCGCCCACCAAGCCUUACAGCAUGCAUGACAACCGGUGGGAGGAGAAGGACGAGGGGCCGGUGGCCAAGGAGCUCGACCCCCGCCACGAGGAGCCGCAGCAGACGGAGGGACUGGCCCCCCAGCUGCCCCCCGAGCCCCAGCAGCCCCCCGAUGAGGAUGAGGAUCAGUGGGAGGAUGUCAGUGAGGAGGAUGACGAUGAAGGCCAUCUCAGCUCGUUGGGCGAGGAGGAGGAGGUGCCCGUGGGAGCCCCGAAAGCCCCGCGGGCUCCGAAGGUUGGGCGUGGCCCGGCCCCCAAGUUGGACAUGCCACCACCUGGAGCCCAUGGAGGACAGGGCAAAGCCCUCAGCCCCUUCUCCCCAGCUGAGGGCUACCAGCCUGUCUCAGACUGGGGCGAGGAGAUGGAGCUGAACUCGCCCCGGGGCAGUGUGGGGGACAGCACCCCGCAGGGCCCCGGCCCCGCCCCCCAGGCACAGGGGGCAGGGCCCCCUGGAGAGGCUGCAGGGCCGAGCCCCCCAGCUGCGGAGCCAGGCGGGUGGGGCACGGCUGAGCCCGUGGAGACUGGACGGCAGGAGGAGCCGGCUCGGGCAGGGGGAUCGAUGAUGCUAGCAGCCCCUGGCAGCACGGAGAGGCGGGAGCUGGCCACCCCCGCAGCUGGGAGCCCUGAGGAGCUGGGGGUUCCUGCGAUGCAAGGAGCCGCGGAGACCCUGAGCCAGCUGGAGCCGGAGCCGGCACUGGGUGUGGUGCAAAUCACAGACGUGGAGCGGGAUAAUGGAGAGCCCUGAUGCCCCAGAGCCACCCUCCCACCCCCCCGACAUGAGGCCAGGCGGCUCCCUCUAUGACUUCCACAGAGCGGUAGAGCCUCUUUCCAGAGCCGUGCGGGCAGGAUGUGCUUUGAGGCUCAGCUGUCUGGGUUAACCUCCCUGGGGAUGCAGGGCUGGGUGGGUGUGUGGGUGGCCUGGAGGGUUUAUUCUGGUGGGAAUUGCAUGACACCGAGCAGGUGGGUGAGGAGGUUGUUCCAGUAACCGGCAGUAAACGUCUGGGAUCCGACGUGCAUCUGUCCGCAAUGAACCUCCCCUGCUGGUGUCUGGGAUGGCUGCCCCUGGCUCACCCUGCCCCCCUAGCUCCGAAGUCCAAAUGAGGGUUGUGUGUUAACCGGGGGCAUGUGUGUGGUCCCCAGCCAUGGCUAGCCCUGUCCAAGCACUACUAGCCAAUGUCUCCUGUGCUGGGAGGGCUGGAGCCAGCCGCGCUUUGCCCCUUCUCAGCUGUAACCAUUGCAAGGGGCUGUUCUUGGGCUGGCUGAAUGUGUCCCCAUCCUUCUGGUCUGCGCUCCUGAGGAGCCGGUUCCACCCACUGCUGUGCAGACCGUGAACCCUUUCCACAGGGGGUAGAACUCCCGCACCCUGCUCGCUGGGGGCAGGAGCCUCGGGCGAGAGGUGUCUUCACUCCCCGGUGCUGCCCUGGGAUGCUUGGUUGUCCUGCCCAGGUCUCCCGCGGUGUCCGGCCGCUUUCGAUCAUGUAAAAGCAAUGCCAAUGUACCGGACUUUCUUACAAUAAAACCUUCACCAAGCC